GUCUCAGUCGAACCCCACUUUCUUCUGUGACCGAAAGGAUUUUGAUCAAUCAAAGACUUCUUGGACCUUCAAAGCUAGAGCAGUUCGUGUUUAUCAAAUCCCAGCAUACGGAAUUCAUGGUGAAUCAUUGCAGUGUAUUUUCCAUGAUAAGGAGGGAACAAAAAUUCAUGCACAUGUUGGGAAACAUCAGGUUUGCAAAGUUUCGGUCCCUGUUUAAGGAAGGCCAUGUUUAUGCAAUAAGGCAUGUUUUGGUUCAAAACAACUACAUGAAUUUCAAGACAACAAGGAAUGCUUUCAAGCUGCUAUUUAUCAACAAAACUGAAUCUUUUCAGAUUACAAACACAGGGUAGUCAAAAGCGCGCGCCUUGUCGCUUAAGCGCACCAGGCGAGGCGCUAUAGAGGUGCAGCGCCUUAUACUCUUCCAGGCGAGGCUGUCUGACUGAGGCGCAAUAUAAGCGCAAGAAGCGCACGAAGCGCAAGAGGCGCAGAAGCGCUAGAAGCGCACGCCUGACCGGUAAAGGGUUCUAAAUUUUUUAAAAUAAGAUUUGGGCCUAUUUUAAAUAAACCCAUAUCAAUAAUAAGAUAUAGCCCAUCCAACUAAUAGGGGAAAACAACUUAAACAGUUAAACCUUGUUAAAACCCUUCUUAGUGAAUGUAUUAAGGAGACUACUAAACUUAGAAAGUUUUCACCGUAGCAUUCUUAUUUCCUGUGUUCGACCCACAACCUACACAACAUGCACAAGGUAACAUUUUCCUCCCAUAUGUUCCAUCUUCUUUCUGGUCUUUUUAAUUUCUUCUUUUCUUAUUUUUUAAUUUUGCCUUUUGAAUGUAAAAUCAACAUCUUCUUUUUUUAUUUUUAUCUUAUCAUUUAAAAGUUUAUAUCUUUAUCUUUUCUCUUUCUUUUAUCUGUUAUUUUCUUGUUUUGUUUUAUACUUUAUCUCCUAACAAGUAAAGAUUUUCUUCUUUUAGUUAUGUUUGUUCCUUUUUCUAACAAGUUUUAUAGUAACUUCUCCCGCACACCACCAAACAAGAUAUGUGCUCUUAUAGUAUAUUUCUAUGUAUAUAAUAAAGUACUAGUAUAUUACUAUGUAUAUAAUACUCUAUAUUACUCAUAAUAAUGUAUUAAUACUCUGCAUUACUCUAUAUUACUCACAGCACUAGUAUAUUGUUAUGUAUAUAACAAAGUAAUAGUACUCAAUAUUACUCUAUAUCACCCACAACAUUAGUAUAUUGCUUUGUAUAUAAUAGUCAUAAUACUCUGUAUUACUUUAUGUUACUCACAACAUUAGUAUAUUGCUAUGUUAUUAAUAAAGUAAUAGUACUAUGUAGGCUCACAAGUUUAACAAGGGGAAAUAGGCUCCAAUUUGAUUGUCUUUCAUUUAUAGUUUAUGUAUUAAAGCCAUGAAUUCUAAAUUUGGUGUUUUAUUUUUUGUGAAUCAUGACUUUAUUUUGGUGAAUCCUAAAUUUUAUAUGCAUUUGGUUCAAUAUGAUGUUACAUACAUCAUGUUUGGUAAGUAUAGAAUAGUAUAUGUGAUUUUAUCUAAGUAAUGCGCUUCACCCGAGUCAGGCGAGCGCUUUUUUGCGCCUUGCGCCUCAGGCGCUAGAAGACCCCUAGCGCUUCAGGUGCGCCUUUCGACUUUGACUACCUUGUACAAACAUCAAUUUCCCAAUGAAAAUGUUUGACUUUACAACGAUUGCUGCCUUGCAAGCUAUGGAAGUUGUGGAUGAAACACAUGCCAUAGAUGUGAUUGGCAAGGUUACUUCCCUGUCAAACCCUAAGGCCCUAACAAAGAAUGGCAGAGAAACACAGUUGAUUGAUCUUACUCUUGGGGAUGCACUUGGAAAUACUAUCUCAUGCACACUUUGGGAGGAGUUGGUGGAUCAGUUGGUAGAUUUUCUGAAGACUAAACCUAAGUCUAUCAUUCUUAUUCUUCAACUAUGCCGUCCAAGAAAAUAUCAGGGUCGUGUGGGAGUGACAAACAUGUUCAAUGUAACGAAGAUGCUGCUGAACAGAGACUGUGAGGAGUGUGCGGAGUUCAAAGCAACGUUUGGGCCAGAUAACGAUGAUGAUGGCGACGGAGUAGCCUUGGGUACUUUUGUGACUCCAACUUUCCCAGAUGACCUUGAAAGUGGGAAUGUCAAGAUGGUUUCGAUUAAUGAUCUCAUGAAAACAAAGGAGGAAGGUAAGCAUUGGGUCUAUGGAGAGAUUUUGGCAAUUGAUAGCUAUCGAGAUUGGUACUAUAUUUCUUGCAAGGGCUGCAGUAGGAAAGUUUUACCUGAAGGGGAUACUUUCCGGUGUGUUGUGUGCAACACAACAGAAGUGAUUCUGAGGUAUAAGGUGAAUAUGAGGGUGAUGGAUGACACGGGUCAUGCAUCUUUUGUGUUUUGGGACAAAGAAUGCAGUGUUUUGGUGGGAAAACCGGCAAAUGCUCUUCGCGAUGAGAUUGAAGAGAAAGGUGUGGGACCUUACUAUUUUCCAGUUGAGAUUGAUUGUUUAGUUGGGAUUAAGGGAUUGUUUCGAGUUCAAACAAAGACAGAAAUCAUAAGCUACAGGGGUGUGCCAACAUUUAGUGUGAUUGGAAUGAAUUGUGAUCCUAAUGUGAUGUCGUUAUACGAGAAUAAAGGAAAAGCAGUGGAGGAAGAAGAUGAUUUCACUCUUCUUAAAAAGGAGUUUUCUGCUCCUAAAGAAAUCAUCACAUUGAAUGUUGCGGAGACAAGCCCCUUGCUGACAAAAGAAAAAAGGAAAGAAAUUGUGAUAAACUCUGAUGGUGUCAAGAAAAAGUUGUUUGUUGAGGGCCCAUCUGUUGAGCGCCCACCUGUCGAGUGCCCAUCUUUUGAGCGCCCAUCUCUUGAGCCAGUGAAGAAGUUGAAGAAAGUGAAAGUGGAGAAGUAAUAACAGUUUAUUACAUUUUCUGUUUAAGCUAGCUAGACCAAACUAUGUGCUUCAGAUUUUUUUGUUUUUUGCGGCCUAGAUUAUGUUAGUGAAAAGAUCAGGUUAUGAUA